AUGGAGAAAUUACAGAUUUUGCAUUAUUUGGGUGAGAAUUGGGAAUCGUUUCUGGCUCCUGUUGAGGGACUUUCGGGAGGAAUCUUAGUUCUUUGGAGGAAGGAUUUAGCUACAAAUAAUGUUUUGGAGGUUUCAUCUCAAGUUGUAAUAGGAAAACUGGAGGUUUUGAAUAAGAAUUGCUGGUUGGUCUCCACUGUUUAUGGAAGCAGGAAUUCGGUGGACAGGAUGAAAAAAUGGAAACAUAGAGAUUGCCGGCUAGAAGGCUGUACGAUACCUUUUAAUUUGAUGUAUACUGAUGAUCAGAGGAAAUUGGAUUCUGAUUUCACUAAAGAAGAGAUUCAGGUGGUUGUUGAUAGCUUGCGGUCUAAUGUAGCUUCUGGAAUUGAUGGUAUUACUUUUUCAUUUAUUAAAAUCUAUUGGAAGAUCAUUCAUCAAGAUGUUUGGAAUGCUAUUGAAAAUUUCUUCAAGACAAGAUCUAGAAUGUUACUUAAUAGAUUGGAGUUGGUUAUUCACAAAAUUAUUUCUAGAGAUCAAGUGGCUUUUCUAAAAGGAAGAUCUUUGUCGGAUCACGUUCUCUUGGCUAAAGAGGUGAUCAACAAAAUCCGUCAUUCCAAAGCAAAGAAAGGAUUUCUAGCAAUCAAAGUAGACAUGGAGCAGGCUUAUGAUAGCAUGGGUUGGCAAGCUUUGAGUACUCUCUUUUUGUAGUCAGCUACCUUGAGCGGAACAACAUGGUACAAUUUGAACUCUUUGGAAAUUGGACUUGUGGUCAGUGGUUCUUUGUAUGGGGCAUUGAUUGGUUCUUCCUUGGCAUUCACUGUUGCUGAUUAUUUAGGGAGGCGACGGGAGCUCAUUUUUGCCUCUAUAGUAUAUUUUGUUGGAUCUUUGCUAACAGCAGUCGCUCCCAGUUUCCCUGUUAUGGUGAUUGGACGCCUGUUAUUUGGUAUUGGAAUUGGACUGGCCAUGCAUGCUGCUCCAAUGUACAUUGCGGAGACAUCCCCAAGCCAAAUACGUGGCACAUUGAUAUCUUUAAAGGAAUUUUUCAUAGUUAUUGGAAUGCUUUGUGGCUACAUAUCCAGUAGUCUCUUUGUUGAUAUUGUUGCGGGAUGGCGUUACAUCUAUGCUAUUGGUGCUCCUGUUUGUCUAGUUAUGGGUGUUGGAAUGUGGUGGUUACCACCUUCACCUCGUUGGCUGUUAUUGUGCACCGUACAGGGAAAAGUAAACAUUUCAGAUGUAAGAACAACUGCUAUUUCUUGUUUGUGCCGACUAAGGGGUCAAGCCAUUGAUGACACAGCUUCAGAGGAAAUUGAUGCCAUUCUGCAUGAGCUUUCUCUUGAUGAUCAACACAAGCAAGCAACAUUUUAUGAAAUCUUUCAAGGAAAAAGUUUGAAAGCUCUUAUUAUCGGUGUAGGAUUGCUCUUUUUUCAGCAGGUCACAGGGCAACCAAGUGUUUUAUAUUAUGCUGCAAAAAUCCUUCAGGUGAUCUUGUUUUUAAUUAUUUAGAUGGAUUCUGAGUUAAUUAUUUCUAGCGCUUAUGGUUUGACCGUUUCGUUCUCUGGACAGAGCGCAGGGUUUUCAGCAGCCUCAGAUGCCACCCGUGUUUCAGUUCUUCUUGGUAUACUGAAGUUGCUUGCAACUGGAGUUGCUAUUCUUGCGGUGGACAGGCUUGGCCGGAGGCCACUAUUAAUUGGAGGUGUUAGCGGAAUUGCAUUCUCACUGUUCCUGUUAUCAUUGUAUUACACAAUAUUGAAGGAUUUACCUGUAGUAGCUGUAAUUGCACUACUAUUGUAUGUGGGAAGCUAUCAGGUACUUAUUCUGUUCUCUCUGCUUGUUUACGUUCUGCAUAAGUCUGCCUACGUUUUUGCUUCACAAUGAAAAUUUCGAAAGUUU